AUGGAUGCUAUCACCAUCGGAAGUCAAGAACUCAGCACUCAACAACACCUUGGUGCAUGGCGUCCUGGAUUACUGCGCCUGGAGUCCCAGCAAUUUCUGCUCCCUUAUAACGAGCAAGUGUCUCAUGCACAAAUCACUUCAGAUGCUUCGUUAAGCCAAUCAGAGACCUCCAUUCCCGGAAAUUCUCGGAAUCUGCAGAAUGAACAAAGUCCACCAGAAAGCUCAUCGGUGCUUUCAAAGUUGGAGAACUGGUGGAUCUGGGAACUUCUUGGGCUUCUCGUUUCGGCAGCCUCCUUGAUCGGAAUUAUCUUCAUACUUGGGAAAUACGACCAAGAAAGACGGCCAACUUGGUAUUACCUUUCACUGAGCUCUCUGGUUUCCUGGUUGAGUACCGCUGCGAAAAUUUGUGCUUUCAUCCCGGUCAGCAGAGGACUUGGUCAGUUAAAAUGGGUAUGGCUCGCGGAGAAAAGACGUCCGCUCUCGGAUCUAAAGGUGUUCGAUUCGGCCAGCAGAGGACUUCUUGGGAGCCUUGAGCUUCUUUGGGAACUCAAAUGUCGGCACUUCGCUGUUUUGGGGGCCGUCGCCACUGUGCUUGGUCUAGCAUUUGACCCUUUUAUACAGAAUCUUGUUCAUUAUUACGACGGCCAGAUACAAGACACGUCACAGAUCGCCCUCCUUACCAACUGUACGACGUACAACACCCGUGGGCCUCUUAUGGGAGGGAAUUUUCAUUACGAAGAUCCAAUCCUACAUGCAAAUGUCUACAGAGCCAUUGCAAAUGUGGAACAAGCAAAUUCCUGGGCGACUCCGCAAUAUUUUUGCAGCUCAGGCAACUGCACCUGGGAUCCAAUUGCCACACUAGAGCUCCGGUCAACGUGUAAAGAUGUUAGUGAGCGUCUGGAAAUGGAAUGCCAUCCUCCCAUGGCGUUAAGUACAACUACAAGCCCACUAGUACACUCGAACACUUAUUUUCCCGCAAUACAGCUGAUUCUGGCUCAAGGGAUCGAGAAAAGCAAAGGGGCUGGAGCGCUAAAUAUUACCAAGGAUACCAUCUUCACGGCCACUGAGUGCAUUUUGGAAGCGGGCGUUCGGAGCUUUCAAGCAGCUGUGAACAACUCAACUUAUGAAGAAAAGGCACUUAACACAUAUUCGAUAAAGUCUAAAUCUACAGACGCUUCAAUUUGGUCUCCACCAUGGGGCCCUGAGUAUGGUAUGCAGAGAGGCCAGAACUUUUCAAUCGAUUCAGACACAUUGAGAGAUAUGUUUUUAUAUCUUCAUGGCACUUUCUCAGGCAGCGUUUCAGGAGCAUCCGACUCUUUCCAGUUCCGAGGAGACCAGGAAACUGUCCGAGCAAUCUUCUACGGGAACUAUACAGACUGCAACACACCGGAGGAUCCACUCGCCUGUGCUUUAAACAAUACAGCCAAAGCGAUCUCCAAGACAUUCCAAGACGCAGCUUACAAUGCCAAUGGACCUGGAGGUGCAAGCAUGACGGUCGGGAAGACAAUGGUCACUGUUACCUUUGUACGAGUCAGCUGGUACUGGAUUUCUCUACCGGUUUUCAUCUGGCUGCUAAGCGCCAUUACUUGGAUUGGCACUGCAUGGAAGACUCGGAAAACGAAAGUUGAGACUUGGCGCAACAAUCCUAUACCUCUUGCCUUCCUUUAUCGCGAAAACGCUGAAAAAGAGAGUGUAGAGUAUGGGAUAUCUGAUGAGGCAUAUGUUAAGAGGGCUGAGAAUAUGCAGGUCAGGUUGCAGGUCGAGGGAAAUAAGGCGAGUUUGGUUUGA